AUGUUCCUGAACGCGCUGCCGGAUUGGGCCUUGAGUUGGCAUGUGAAGUGCGAUGGGGGACCUCAGUGGACGUAUGACGACGUGCACUGCUGGGACGUCUCCUACCCCACCUGCAAAACGGGCAAGAAGCAGUCUCCCAUCAACAUCCUUCCACAGGAUGUGCAGUUCGAGGGCAACGCGCAUUUUCUCAGCCGCGUGGACUGGAAGCCCGUCAAAGACCUCCGGGUCCAGAACAACGGCCACAGCCUGAUAGUCACCAGCGACAUGCUGGGCUACAUCAAGCUCAUGGGCGAGGAUGGAUUUCCCGAGUUUUAUGACAUUGCGCAGUUCCACUUGCACAUGCCCUCGGAGCACAUGAUCAACGGCCGCCAGUUUGCUGCCGAACUGCACGUUGUGCACACUCGGCAGCGGGCAAUCGGGCAAGAGAAGAAUACCUACGACUCCUUUCCGCUGGCCGUGCUCGGGUUCAUGUUUGACAUCGACGGCACGGAGAACCACUUCCUCAAGCAGUUCUACCUGGGCGAGGAGCCGAUCGAGAAUCAGACCUACAAGACUGCCAAGAAGCCGAUCGAUCUGAUGCGGUCUCUUGGUCCGGCCCUGGAUGGUGACUUCUACAGAUAUGAUGGCAGCUUUACGACACCUGACUGCCAUGAGCAGAUCAAGUGGUUUGUCUUCGACCACAUCUUCAGCAUGAGCCUCCCGCAAUGGGAGACCUUCAAGAAGGAGUUCCCAUUUGCGCACGCCAACCGCCCUGUGAACGCGAUGAAAGACCACCGCCUUGUGAAGAACGACUUCGAGGAGGGCACCCCAGUGCAGUAUGACUUCUUCCUAGGGCGCCACGAGGGCCGCAACCGCUACUUUCCAGGUGAAGGCUGGAUCCUGGUUCCGAGUAUUGCCACGAUGGUGUUGAUGUGCCUGAUCAUGCUCGCCGUGUUCGUGCGCGAGAACCGGAGCCGGCUCGAAAGCGCUGGGGGCUUGGUUGAGACCAUCGGCAAGAUCAGCUACAACCGCAUGUAG